AUGAGCGUCAAAACUAACAGCGUUAAAAAAUUAGGAUUCACAAACGAGGAAAUAAAGGAUAUAUUAGAGGAGGUGGGUUAUGAAGUUGAUAAAUAUUAUUUAAGAAAUUGUAAAAAAUUCGCGGAGUUAUUAAAUGAUUUAGAUUAUGAUGGAAAAAUGAAUAAAGAUGAUGUUAUAAAUUUCUUAUAUCCUACAUCUGAAGAAGAAAAACCUAAAGAACCUGAUGUUUUCCCUGAAUAUUAUGAAGAACGGAUUAAAGAUGAUGAAUACAAUGAAAUUGAAAGACUGAAAAAAAUAAGAGAUGAAAUAGAUGAAAAAAUUAAGGAAUUAAGAGAAGUUGAAAAAUAUAAUGAAAAUGAAGUAGAGGGUUUAAUGAAUAUCCCAGCUUCAGAAUCAGAAGUUCAGAAAUCUCAUGAAGAAAGAUAUAAAAAUUAUGUCUCAGAAUCAACACAAAAUUUAUUAGAUGGUGAAAUAGACGAAACACUUUCAGAAGAAG